GCCAGUAAAAAAGAUGGCUGAGGGAUCCCCUACCUUUAUGACGUCUGUUAGACAUGCAUUGUUAUCUGGGAAUUGUGUCGAAUAAUCAAUUGUCUAUUAAUGUACUAGCGAAGAAACGAUUAUUACUCGUGAUAGUUGUAUAUAUUUUUGCAUAUUCGGGUGGGAAAAAUUUUUUAUCGGGCGCACGACUGCAUAAGUUUAUCGGUGUGUAAUUAAAAGCGGAGAGACCUCCGCUUGUUGCACAGCGCCUGUUUGGACACGGCGAGGCUCGCAAAACGAGGGACUCGCGGGCAUCGCUCGCGACAAUCUGCUUUUCAAACGAAACUUCGGCCACCUUCGGUACUCGCCGACUUCGUGCAGCUCCGCUCGCGUACUCGCUCCGGUACUCGUCUGGUGUCAGCGACAAUCCGGCCGAGCCGGAGUCCAGUCGUCGUCGCGCGCUCGUCCCGUUCACGUCGGAUUCGUGUCGAUUUCGUACUCCGGUGUUGUGCAAAUUUUACAGAUCAGUUGAAAUUUCACCCCCGCGCGACACUAAUACGGCAUACGUUAUCGUUGUGAGUUUCCGCAAAUCGUUGAAAAAUAUGUGCAAAGAAUUUAGAUUAUUUCUUCUAAGUGGCUCACUGCUGAUGUUCCUCAGUAGUCACGCCGCUGCGACCACUUCCGAGGAGAGUUUCGAGACGGUUCAUACAAGCAACGCGGCUGUCCUAAACCGCCUCGGACUGACGCCUCUUCAAAUACCCGAUGGGCAUCAUAAGAAGCGAUUAGCCGGCCCUGAACCGCCGGGACUCAGCUCGCAAACGCGCAUACAUCAGGCUUACAGCCGUCGUCACGGACACCGCGACAGCCACGUUUACAUCGUGAAGCUUCCGGCUAGUCCUCCAUACUACACCAUCACGAAGCCCCACAAAUCCGUCAACGACGACAAAGUGACCAAGACCGGACCGAGUUUUCCGGUAGGAUUCCAAGGAAAUGGCAAACCUGCCAAGAUUUAUCAUUGGAAUUUACCGGUCGUAAAGAAAAUGACGGAGAAGAAGCGCCUUCAGCUGAGUCAACUGAGGAUCGACCAGGCUAGAAAGAGGCUGGAGGACGUGAAGAAACCGCAGCAGACGCUGUCUACAAAAACCAUGCUGGAUAAGCUUUAUCAGCUCGACACAGCCAGCAAGAGCCACGAGUACCACGCCGCUGAUAACAAACUCCAUUCGCACCAAAAGCCGCCGGUGACGAAACACGUGAGAAAUAACGACAAGAGGCUGAGCUAUCCGAGCAACGACAACGACAAUGUUAAAUUCAAGACGAAGAAGAACGACAACAAGGCGUAUAGACUAGACGAUAUGAAUGUGCACAGGGUGCACCUGACCAACGAACUUCACGGCUCGAGGAACACCGUGCCGAAGAUGAAGAAGCACCGGAAAAAGGCUGCCAUGUCGUAUUACGCGCCAAUCGCCACCAAGUCGGGCACCACCAACAUCCACAAGAACUUCCCCGGAAACGGCAAGCCCAAGGCUUUCUACAUCAUGGAGAAGAGCCGCAAGCCGGUCUACUAUCAUCCCCUUCUACCUUAAUCCUCGAUUGUUUCGUGUACUUGUGCAUACUCGUGUAAUAUCUUAAGUGACUCGCGAGCCUGUUAGCUUAAGUAGAUGCGUACUACUCUGUUUGUACAGGAUCAGAGAUCGCCGUUCGAGUUGACAACGAUAAGAUGCGAAAAAGGAGAAGGAACGAGGGAGGAAGAAAAAGAGAGAAACGGAGACUUUCAUGCCUAUAGUCACUCUUAUUCGAGACAAUGCAUCCUGCAAACCGUUCCACUUCUGUUAAAUAUGCAUCGUUAUUAACUUUACUUACGAAAGACGUAACGAGAUAAGUAAAUGUUAGGAAUGCAAGUACAAGUUUUAUCGGUAACAGCUAACCCAUUCUCUCGCAUAUUUUAACGAUAUCACAUUUGGGCGGUCCGCACCACGGACUGCGAGAUCACGGACGACGUUAACAAUUGCAUUGCUGCAAUAACUGAACUGGUAUUUUAUUAACUAACAAGCGGAUAAGGAACUUGAGCAUAUCAUAUUUUCACAAAAGCGUUAUACCUACUAAUAUAAUACAGUAAUCAGUAUCCAUGUAGGCAACACCAAAAAUUUCCGCAAAAUGACAUCCACGCGUUUGUUUCUCUCUAAGAAUGUGUUAUUUUAAAAGACAUUUUUUUAAAUAUGUCAUUUAAAAGACGACUUUACUAAAAUGAACCUAUCGAAAAAGUAUGUGUCAAACAGUUUUAAAAUAAGACUGAAGCACCACCAGAAAAGAUUUUUAUCUGUCAAACGCUUUUCUCAGCAAUGCGAGUUUUGCGGGAGUUGCCCCGUCACUCUCGACUAAAAUAUCGACAUAUAUCUACAUCGCGUAAUGAAGAAAACUAAUUAGUUCCCGUCAGCAUUCUGAACAUGAAUUAAAUACAAGAUAAAUCUUGUUGCAAUUAGGAAAGUGCAAGGAGCAAUUAGAAUAAAGCAAUCAUAUUUUUACUAGCGAGGUGAUCGAAGUCUUCGAAAGUCUGACAUGUUUCUAGAAAUGUGUGCUGUGUCAAUUGAUUUUAUCGUAGAAAAAGGUAUAUAAAACUUAUGAGUGAAUACUUGAGAAAGUAUUCACUCGAGAAUAAAACGAAUUUGUUGCUUUGCUCGUGCGUUUGCGGAAACUUUGGGCAUUGCUGGCUUAAAGCGCGAUAGUAUUAUUGAGAUUACGACUGAAUGUUCCAUGUCUAUCCUGCAUUGGAUGGCUAUUCACCCUAUUUACACAUGAGAUAUAAGUAUUGAUUAAACUAUUACUAUGUGACAUUGAAAUUACAUAAUAUAUAUAUAUAUAUAACGUACGCUUCUCUUUAUCUCUUCGUCUGCUUUUUUAUUUAUGCAAGAUUUAAAGAAAAGCACAGAAAAUGCUAUAUAUUUUUACUGAGAUUAAUAUAAGGAUUUUACGUGACGUCGAUUUUCUACGGAAUACGCUAACAUCUCCUUAGCUCGAGCUUAAACUUACACGCAUUGGGGCUUCUCUUUCUCUUUUAACAAAUCUAAUCAAACGUAAGACUUUUUUCGGCUUAUGCCAAACUGUUUCUUCCCACCGAAAGACUGAGAUCGUCUAUGAUUCCAUACAAUCAAAUUUUCCAUUAUUGAAUUAACGUUGUAUAAUAUAUUUUUAUAAAUGUAAUAAACAUGCGGACACACUAUCGCAUCUCUACACACGCGCUCCUCGUGCGUGUGUAAUCACGUAAACAUGAUCGAUCCGCGAUCUAGUAUGUCAAAUACUCGAUCAAUGCAAAACGUUUCCAUAUAAUUAUAGGUAGAUUUUUCAUUAAGACUGGACAAUACGCAUGUUCUCAUACAUGUAAAUCUUUCCUCCUGCGCACAUUAACGUGGGAAUCUUUUUUACGUUAAAUAUAUUUUUAUUCUAGAUAUCGUAAGUGCGCUCGAUUAUAAUGAGGCAUCCAGUAUAAUGAAUAAAGAUAUUUAUAGCUCUUUGUACACAUUACUUCGAUAAGUACUUAAAAAUUCACAAAUCCCGCAUUUCUUACGUGCUCAUAGCCAACAUUAGCGAUGUUGAUCUUAAAGAGAAUAUUUGGCACCGUUAUUUUGAAAGAUUUUUGUCCCCUUUUGUGUGCGUAUCAUGAAGAGCUCUUUUCAAUUAUGUAGAUAUAAGCUUUCAAACUGCAAGAACAUUUUUAUUCGCGCUAACAAUAUUGUAUGAAUUGUAUAUAAUCGCAUUUUGAAGUCUCCUCCUUGAUUUCUUCUCCGUGAAAUUUCUUGGAUCGCCACGAUACAACCAUUUGUUUCUUCGUAAAGAGCUGCGAUAUUAACUUUGAUUCUAAUGAUCCAACAAACUACCUCUAUGAUCAGGCUCGGUUAAUGAAGUUACUAUCGAAUUGCGUU